AUGUCUCUCUCCACUCCGAAGUUGGCGCAGCCUCUUCCUCUCCAUCACAGAUCUAAUGGCAGCUCCAUGUCUUUCCACACGUUCACUCCCUUCCUUGGAUCCACUCACAAGCUACGUCUCAUCGCCCCCAUUAAGCUCAAUGCUCACUCUAAGUCCACUGCUGUCUCUGUCUCCGACGCUGUCAAGGACAAGAAACCCAAAUCAGCCGCCAAUCUGCUUAUUUCGAAAGAGGAAGGUUUGCAGCUCUACGAAGACAUGAUAUUAGGCAGGUUCUUUGAAGACAUGUGUGCCCAGAUGUAUUAUAGAGGCAAAAUGUUCGGUUUUGUUCACUUGUACAAUGGCCAAGAAGCUGUAUCAACUGGCUUCAUUAAGCUUCUCAAGAAAGAAGACUCGGUGGUGAGUACAUACCGGGACCAUGUUCAUUCACUGAGUAAGGGGGUCCCGGCACGUGCUGUAAUGAGCGAGCUCUUUGGGAAGGCCACAGGAUGCUCCCGAGGUCAAGGUGGAUCUAUGCAUAUGUUCUCAAAGGAACAUAAUGUGAUCGGUGGGUUUGCUUUCAUUGCUGAGGGAAUUCCUAUUGCCACCGGUGCAGCAUUUUCCAGCAAGUAUAGAAGGGAGGUUUUGAAAGAGGCAGAUUGUGAUCAUGUGACGUUGGCAUUUUUUGGAGAUGGAACAUGUAACAAUGGACAGUUCUAUGAAUGCCUAAACAUGGCAGCUUUAUGGAAAUUGCCUAUUGUGUUUGUUGUGGAAAAUAAUCUGUGGGCUAUUGGGAUGUCUCAUCUCCGGGCAACUUCAGAUCCUCAGAUAUGGAAGAAAGGGCCGGCAUUUGGAAUGCCUGGGGUUCAUGUUGAUGGGAUGGACGUUUUGAAGGUCAGGGAGGUGGCUAAAGAGGCUAUUGAAAGAGCCAGACGAGGAGAGGGACCAACUUUAGUAGAAUGUGAGACCUAUAGAUUUAGAGGACAUUCAUUGGCUGAUCCUGAUGAGCUUCGUGACCCUGCUGAGAAGGCACAUUAUGCUGGUAGGGAUCCCAUCUCUGCACUGAAGAAAUACAUUAUUGAGAAUAAAUUAGCCAGUGAGCAAGAGCUGAAGGCCAUAGAGAAGAAGAUUGAUGAGGUUAUUGAAGAUGCUGUUGAGUUUGCAGAUGAGAGCCCUUUUCCAGCCCGCAGCCAGCUUCUGGAGAAUGUCUUUGCUGAUCCAAAAGGUUUUGGAAUUGGACCUGAUGGCAAGUACAGAUGCGAGGACCCAAAAUUCACUGAAGGCACUGCUCAUGUCUAA